AUGACCGAUGCCUCGCCCUCAACCAUAGUCGGCUGCCUCCUCGAUGUGUCCGCGUCCAUGCGUGAAGCUCUCGAGACGGAUGGUUCUGAUGAGCGAGCAAACGAUCGUCUCAGCGCGGUACUCGUUGCAGCUCUAAAGCUCGCCCAGUCACAGAACCAUCACAACUCUGAAGCCCUGAUAUUUGUUAGCGUUUUCGGCCUUGACAACAACAACAAAGAACACCCGAAAGCAAUCGAUCUAUGCGAAGCUGCCGAUGCGCUACUCAGACUUGCUGCCGAUCCACGUUCCGGUCAUGACCUCAUUGAUCGGGCUAAGGAGAAAGGGGUUCCUGACAUCGCGAAAUAUAUUCAAAGGGAGUUUCUUGAUGGUCAGGCGCGCAUCAUCUACGCAUAUUUGACGCGGCAUCCAAGUGAAGUUGACGAGUUUAUGGAGGCAUUAGCUCUCGCGCGUGGCUUCUUCUCCAGAUGGGUGAAGGACUUUUCCAUUAUCAAACCCCGACCUGUCGGCGAAGUCAUCCGGUUGCUGGCGCGACUACAAGAGCGUACGAACGACGUCGCCUGGCUGAAAAAGCUUCGCGAGUCCAUGUACGGCCAAACACCGAUGCAGCACGCGUUGGGGUUUUCACUGGAGAUUUUCAAAAGGCAUCCUGAGAUAAAAGACCGCGUUCUCAUCGUAAUCUCGGACGGCUUCUCCACUGACGGGGAUCUGAUGCCUGUAGCGCGAAGCCUACAGCAGGCGAAUGUGAGUAUUGCAUCUAUCUACCUCACCAGCAAUCAGGCAGCAGCUGAACGUUUCUUACACUACCAACCGGCGAAAGGCUGGCAUCAUGGACAGCGCGUACUGUUUGACAUGGCAUCAAGAGUCGCCGGCGUGGCACAUCCGAUUCCGGCCUUGGCUUCUAUGGGCUGGAGCAUUCCCUCAGCCGGCGAGAUCGCAUUACAUGCCACUGUGUCAACCUCGGUAGCUCUCAAUGAGAUAUGUUCACUACUACUAUCGGCACGCUUUGGUUCAGCGAACCUGCUGCUCGACCUUGUGGGCAGAUUCGAACUCGACGAGUACAUAAACGAUGAGAACAUUCGCGGAUGUCAGAAUCCUUCGAAUCAGGGGCAGGAGCCCACCUGCUAUGCGCACGCCGCCGCUGCGGUGAUUUGUAUGGCCAUGAGUCGUAUCUCCGGCCGGAAAGGCGGGUACGAUGACAUCGAAACAGUUCGGCAACGGAUCUUGGAAGUCUACCCGACAGGGCCAAAUGGACGAAAUGCCAGAGACGUAUUGGAGGAUGCUACUAGUUGGUAUCGGUUGCGAGUCCUGGAGGUAGAUGAGGAUGCAGCCUCGUUUGACAAGAUGGUAGAAAGUUGA